AUGAAACUCGAAUAUAUAAAUAUACUCAAAGAAGAAAACGGAGGAUAUAAUUUUGAUAACUUAAAAAGAAAUGAAAUAUUAAAAGAAAAGGGAGUAAAGUUUCCACAAUUUCGAAAAACAGGAACAACAAUCUGUGGAUUGGUUUGCCAAAAUGCAGUUAUUUUGGGUGCCGAUACAAGAGCUACGGAAGGACCAAUAGUAGCUGAUAAAAAUUGUAGUAAAUUACAUUAUAUAAGUAAAAAUAUAUGGUGUGCAGGUGCAGGUGUAGCAGGAGAUUUAGAACAUACAACUUUAUGGUUACAACAUAAUGUCGAAUUACAUCGUUUAAAUACAAAUACACAACCAAGAGUAUCCAUGUGUGUAUCAAGAUUAACUCAAGAAUUAUUUAAAUAUCAAGGAUAUAAAGUAUGUGCAAUAGUAUUAGGUGGAGUAGAUGUUAAUGGACCACAAUUAUAUGGGAUACAUCCCCAUGGUUCAUCUUGUUUAUUACCAUUUACAGCUUUAGGUUCAGGAUCUUUAAAUGCUAUGGCAGUAUUAGAAGCAAAAUAUAGAGACAAUAUGACAAUAGAAGAAGGAAAAAAUCUAGUAUGUGAAGCUAUAUGUGCAGGUAUUUUUAAUGAUUUAGGUUCUGGUGGUAAUGUAGAUAUAUGUGUUAUUACAAAAGAUAGUUAUCAACAUAUAAGACCUUAUAAAGAACCAAACAUGCGAUUAUAUCACUUACCUCAUCCAACUAUUUAUCCAAAAGGAACCACACCUAUUUUAUCUGAAAAAAUUGAAUAUAUUAAAAAAUUUAUAUCUGUAGAAGAUGCAUAA